AUGGGUCUCUCAGUGAAAGCUUUGGCGGCUGGCACCGCGACACUUGUACUCUCCGUCAACGCGAACGUGAUAUCCCCGGAUGUUCGCUCGAUCUUCAAGCGCGACCCGCCUGCGGCGCUUCCGGGUUGCGCAACGGACGCGGACAAGAAGUGGCAGCCAGCAAUGGACUUCGACACAGACGGGUGUUACAACACGCCAGCGAUAGACGCGGCCGGCAACGUCGCGACGGGCCUAAACUGCGGCGGCGCUGUGAACGGGAACUGCCGCGACCUUUCGGACCUGCAGAACAACAACGUAUACUCGCGCGCCCGAUGUAACAACGGUUGGUGUGGCUUUAUCUACGGCUACUACUUUGAAAAAGACCAGACGAUCGAUGGAUCUUGCGGUGUAGGCCAUAAGAAUGAUUGGGAGCACAUCGCGAUCUGGAUUAAGGACGGCGACGAGAUGCCUUCUUACGUCGGCGUCUCGCAGCAUGGAGACUACCAGGUAAAGCCGGCCGCCGAGGUACGCUUCGAGGGCACCCAUGCCAAGGUCGUGUAUCACAAAGAAGGCGGGCUUACACACGACUUCCGCUUCGCCAACGAGGACGAUGACAACAUUGAAAAUCACACAGGACAGUGGUUUUUCGGAGAUGUCGUCGGAUUCCUUGGUUUCCCCUCUACCGAGCUCCGUGACACGAUGCUGAACAACGACUGGGGCAGUGCGCUCCCGGAUCUCAGAGAAGAUGUAUUCCCGGGAAAGCUUGAGAAAUCUAAAGGUGGCAAUGACAUCCCGACUGACACGAAUGUGGACGGGGACAAUUCUCCUGGCCAGCCUAGCUGCUAG